UGAUCACCGGCUGCGGAGCUGCAGACGUAAGGCAAGCUGAAGCUGAACUGGUAGAGCAGCAGAAAGUGGAGAGCUGGAGCCAGAGAAGAUGAGCAUGUUGGUGCUGAUUAACAAGUUGCUGGACUGGUUUAAGUCCCUGUUCUGGAAGGAGGAGAUGGAGCUGACCCUGGUCGGGCUGCAGUACUCGGGCAAGACGACGUUUGUGAAUGUGAUCGCGUCUGGUCAGUUCACUGAGGAUAUGAUUCCAACUGUGGGUUUCAACAUGAGAAAGCUAACAAAAGGAAAUGUCACUAUUAAGAUCUGGGAUAUUGGUGGUCAGCCAAGAUUCCGAAGCAUGUGGGAACGUUACUGCAGAGGAGUUAAUGCUAUUGUCUACAUGGUGGAUGCUGCAGACUUUGAAAAGAUUGAAGCUUCAAAGAACGAACUUCACAACUUAUUAGAUAAACCACAGUUGCAAGGAAUUCCUGUGUUAGUCUUGGGAAAUAAGAGAGACCUUCCUAAUGCUUUGGACGAGAAACAGCUAAUUGAAAAAAUGAAUCUAUCUGCUAUCCAGGAUCGAGAAAUCUGUUGUUAUUCAGUAUCCUGCAAAGAGAAGGAUAACAUUGACAUUACACUACAGUGGCUUAUUCAGCACUCCAAAUCCAGGCACUGUUGAGGUUGGUCUCCUGUUGUAGAAGAUGGUAAACUGCUUGUCCAUCCAAUGUACCUUGGAAAGAAGUAUGGAAAAGUAAAGCCUAACUCAGCUGGGCCUGAGUCUUUCAAUCCCAGUCCUUGUUAUUAUGGACUUCUAAGAUUUCUUCUUUGCGUUCCUUUGACUUCAGGUCAUUUUCUACGUUUAAGGAAAGUUGUGCCAUUCAACAGUAAUGAUGAGUAAUCAUAAAUUAUUUCUGUAAGCCAUGGGCACAUGGCUUCUUUAUUUAAGAGAUGCCUCUGAAAAAAAGAUCCACAGAAAAUGUCUAUACCCUUUUUAAUAGGACGAUAUCCUGAUUGUGUGUUUCUCAUUUUGCAUGUGAUGUAUUAAUAUAGAGCAGUAUUUCAAUGUAUGAUUACUGAUCCAAAAGAACUGACCCUAUUUAUAACAGCAAUGGUUUGCUUGACCAGUGAAGAUAUGUUCCUGCUAAAUUGAAAGUAGUUAUGUGAAUGUACAAGCAGGAGAGCAAUAUUUUGCUGAUUGAUGGGGAUGCUUUCACUUUCCUAUUUUGACAAUAUCAUGGAUCGCACUUUUAUACUAACACCAAUAUAAUUCUGUCAAAUGGUUUUCCAUCCAUCUCAAAGGCCAUCUACAUCCACAGGGUAGCAGGGAAAUUCAAUUGACAUUUCCUUCAUAGCUUAAUUGCUCUUUCAAAUUAUUUGCAUUCAUCAAGACAUAAGCCAUAAAUAUAACCUAAUGAUUUCAUGCAAAUUUGAAAGAAGGCUGCAAAUUGAUUUUAUUGUGUGGAAGUGAUAUGCACCAUUCCAAGUUUCAUCUUUUAUUUCGUGAAUCUCAAUAUGAGAACAGCACAAGAUAAGGCUAUUAUCAAUGUUUUAGUAGAUAUGGAACAUCAGACACUGCCAAGUGGAGGAUAAUAGUAUCUGGAUUGUACCACAAUGACAGCAAAUUUGAAAUACAUCCAACAGUUGCUUGAAAGUGCAGUCUGAUGGUCACAAUCCUGUUCCAAAUUGGCAUGUUACACUGUGAGAUGCAGGUUUUAGUCCAAUUUGAUGUCAUAAUUGUCUUUUCUACUAUAGCACUUAAACAAGACUGUAAUCAAGAUCUUUUCAAACUAGCUAUGUUCUUUUACAGUACCAGAGACUUUGCCACUUACUUCACAUUUCAGUUCCCUUUUAUAUUUGUUCUUCU